CGUGCCUUGUACCUGUCCGUAUGUCCGAUCACAGAUUAUCUACACCUGGAUCUCCUACACGGUCAACCCGCAGCCUCCGGCCGCCACAGUUGGGCGAUGGGCUCAACCUAUCGCCUCUGUCGCCACGGCGCAAGAAGAAGGUGGUCUACACGGACCGGUUUAUCCCCAACCGAACGGGUGUUGACCUCCAGGCCGCGUUCAGCUUAACAAUGGACGACUUUCAGACGCCGCCAAACCCCAACCGCAGUGCCGAAAACGAUAUCGAACACCGGCGUGAAGAGGAGGCGAACCUCAACUUCAACACCGUGUUGAAGAACGAGUUGUUUGGUGACAACGUGCCCCAGACCGCGAGCCUCAAGACGUUGACCAAACCGCGGCCCAGCACAGCUGGGUCCGGAACCAGCAACGAAAACUCCCAGAGCGGAUCUAGCCAGAAUCAACGCACACCACCGCGGUCCCCGAGCCGAGGCAUGCUUGGAACCCCAUCUUCCCGCGACUCGCAGUCGCUCCGAACGCCGAAAAAAGCCAACUUGUUCACGUACCAAUCACCGUCCAAGGGCAGACCCUCGCAUCUCGACUUGCAGAGCCAGUUGUACUCUCUCUCGCCCGUGCGGCCGGACUCGCAGCGGUUUCUCCUCUCGCCGCAGAAGAAGCAGCGCAACGUGCUGAAGGUCCCCGUGUGCUGCCUAGACGCUCCGGACUUGGCUGACGACUUUUACCUCAACUUGGUCGACUGGGGCUCGCAGGACGUGCUAGCGGUGGGCUUGAAGUCCCUGGUGUAUCUCUGGAACUCACUGUCAGGCUCGGUGACCACGCUUUGUGAUUUGGGCGACGAUGUGGUUACUUCUUUGGCAUGGGUGGGCGCGGGGACGCACCUAGCAGUAGGAACCCAGUCGGGCUUGGUGGAAAUCUGGGACGCCACAACCUGCAAAUGCACGCGAACCAUGACGGGCCAUGCCUCCCGGGCCGCGUCGCUCGCCUGGAACGAGCAUGUGCUUAGCAGUGGCUCCCGAGACCGCAGCAUCUUGCAUAGAGAUGUCCGCGUGCCCGAGCACUAUAUCCAGCGCAUCCAGGCGCACAAGCAGGAGGUGUGCGGGUUGAAGUGGAACGUGGAGGAAAACAAGUUGGCGCUGGGAAGCAACGAUAACCGGGUAUUGGUAUGGGAUGGCUUGAACACCACGCCAAUUCAUAAGUUUGAGGAGCAUACGGCGGCCGUUAAGGCCAUGGCGUGGUCGCCGCACCUGCGGGGCAUUCUAGCCACAGGCGGCGGCACUGCUGACAGGCGCAUAAAGGUGUGGAACACCAUUACUGGCGCCAAGACCCAGGAUAUCGACACCGGCUCUCAGGUGUGCAACAUGCUAUGGCUGAAGAACUCCAACGAGAUUGUACUGUCACACGGGUUUUCCAAGCACCAGAUUGCGAUCUGGAAGUACCCUACGAUGGAGCAGGUUGCAUCGCUCACCGGCCAUUCGUUUCGCGUGUUGCAUCUCGCCAUGUCGCCUGAUGGCCAGACGAUUGUUUCCGGCGCGGGCGACGAAACUUUACGAUUUUGGAAUGUGUUUGACAAGAACAAGAGCGCGCAUUCGAACCCUUCAGCCUUGUUAGAUGCGUUCAUGCAGUUGAGAUAACAGGAACGGAGGUACCAAAGGAGAAACCACUCGGACUUAAAAAUUACAGAGCUAUCGGUAUUCUGUCGGAGGCUGUUAAACCUAUUGUGUGACUUGUGGUAUUAGGCAUUCCAGUCUAUCCAACGAAUAAUCCAGCUUCUGUUGACACCGUUUAUAAUUCUUUAUUCCUAUGGCCUUUCUCAUCUGCUCUAUUCUUUGCCCUUCGUUUGGGAAAUAUUUCUUUCAUUUCUCUGUUUUGACUUUUUUGGUGUUCGGGAUUGGUAUAAAUGCCUAAUGUAAUAUUAUCUAGCACUAAUGCGUAGACCGCC